CCGCGCGGGUCUGGAGGAAGCGGUUCUCUGACGGCGAGCAUGGCGGGGACAGUGGUACUGGACGACAUAGAGCUGCGAGAGGCGCAGAGAGAUUACCUGGAUUUCUUGGAUGACGAGGAAGACCAGGGAAUUUAUCAGAGCAAAGUUCGGGAGCUGAUCAGUGACAACCAAUACCGGUUGAUUGUCAAUGUGAAUGACUUGCGCAGGAAAAACGAGAAGAGGGCUACCCGCCUCCUGAGCAAUGCCUUUGAGGAGCUGGUUGCCUUCCAGCGGGCUUUAAAGGAUUUUGUGGCGUCCAUUGAUGCUACCUAUGCCAAGCAGUACGAGGAGUUCUACAUAGGAUUGGAGGGCAGCUUUGGCUCCAAGCAUGUCUCUCCCCGGACUCUUACCUCCUGCUUCCUCAGCUGUGUGGUCUGCGUGGAGGGCAUUGUCACUAAGUGCUCUCUAGUUCGUCCCAAAGUCGUCCGCAGUGUUCACUACUGCCCUGCUACCAAGAAGACUAUAGAGCGACGUUAUUCUGAUCUCACCACCCUGGUGGCUUUUCCUUCCAGCUCUGUCUAUCCCACCAAGGACGAGGAAAACAAUCCCCUCGAGACCGAAUAUGGCCUUUCUGUCUACAAGGACCACCAGACCGUCACUAUCCAGGAGAUGCCAGAGAAGGCCCCAGCUGGUCAACUUCCCCGCUCUGUGGACGUCAUUCUGGAUGAUGACUUGGUAGAUAAAGUGAAGCCUGGUGACCGAGUCCAGGUGGUGGGGACCUACCGUUGCCUUCCUGGAAAGAAGGGAGGCUACACCUCAGGAACCUUCAGGACUAUCCUGAUUGCCUGUAAUGUGAAGCAAAUGAGCAAGGAUGUUCAGCCUUCAUUCUCUGCUGAGGAUAUAGCCAAGAUCAAGAAGUUCAGUAAAACUCGUUCUAAGGAUAUCUUUGACCAGCUGGCCAGGUCAUUGGCCCCUAGCAUCCAUGGGCACGACUAUGUUAAGAAGGCAAUUCUCUGCUUGCUCUUGGGAGGGGUGGAACGAGAACUUGAAAAUGGCAGCCACAUCCGUGGGGACAUCAAUAUUCUCCUGAUCGGGGACCCGUCGGUUGCCAAGUCUCAGCUUCUACGCUAUGUUCUGUGCACUGCUCCCCGGGCUAUCCCCACCACUGGCCGGGGCUCCUCUGGAGUGGGUCUGACGGCUGCUGUCACUACAGACCAGGAAACCGGGGAGCGCCGGCUAGAAGCAGGGGCCAUGGUCCUUGCUGACCGAGGUGUGGUUUGCAUCGAUGAAUUUGACAAGAUGUCUGAUAUGGACCGCACAGCCAUCCACGAAGUGAUGGAGCAGGGUCGAGUCACCAUCGCCAAGGCUGGCAUCCAUGCUAGGCUGAAUGCCCGCUGCAGUGUUCUGGCAGCUGCCAACCCCGUCUAUGGCAGGUAUGAUCAGUAUAAGACCCCCAUGGAGAACAUUGGGCUGCAGGACUCACUGCUAUCCCGGUUUGACUUACUCUUCAUCAUGUUGGAUCAGAUGGACCCUGAGCAGGAUCGGGAGAUCUCGGACCAUGUCCUUAGGAUGCACCGUUACAGGGCCCCCGGGGAACAGGAUGGCGAUGCUAUGCCUUUGGGUAGUGCCGUGGAUAUCCUGGCCACAGACGAUCCCAAUUUUAACCAGGAAGACCAGCAGGACACCCAGAUUUAUGAGAAGCAUGACAACCUUCUGCAUGGGACCAAGAAGAAAAAUCAGGUGCCGAGGUGUGGCAAAGAAGAAGAAAUCACUGUGUGUGCCCGCAGGGAGAAGAUGGUGAGUGCAGCAUUCAUGAGGAAGUACAUCCACGUGGCCAAAAUCAUCAAGCCCAUUCUAACUCAGGACUCAGCCGCGUACAUUGCAGAAGAGUACUCACGCCUGCGCAGCCAAGACAGCAUGAGCUCGGACACUGCCCGGACAUCACCAGUUACAGCCCGGACACUGGAGACUCUGAUUCGAUUGGCCACAGCCCAUGCCAAGGCCCGCAUGAGCAAGACCGUGGACCUGCAGGAUGCAGAGGAAGCUGUGGAGUUGGUCCAGUACGCUUACUUCAAGAAGGUUCUAGAGAAGGAGAAGAAACGAAAGAAGCGAAAUGAGGGUGAAUCAGAGACAGAGGAUGAAGAGGAGAAAAGCCAGGAGGACCAAGAGCAGAAGAGUAAGAGGAGGAGGACUCGUCACAUUGAUGCCAAGGAUGGGGGCUCCUAUGACCCCUAUGACUUCAGUGACACAGAGGAGGAAAUGCCUCAAGUGCACACUCCAAAGACAGCAGACUCACAGGAGACCAAGGAGUCCCAGAAGGUGGAAUUGAGUGAAUCCCGGUUGAAGGAAUUCAAGGUGGCCCUCUUGGAUGUGUUCCGGGAAGCUCACGCACAGUCGGUGGGCAUGAAUCGCCUCACAGAAUCCAUCAACCAGGACAGAGAAGAGCCCUUCUCUUCAGCAGAGAUCCAGGUUGCGCUGAGCAAGAUGCAGGACGACAACCAGGUCAUGGUCUCCGAGGGCAUCAUCUUCCUUAUCUGAGGAUAACUCAUCUCUGAACUUUGGGGCUGUGCCCAGAAUGUUUCUUUCAUAUUUCCUCUCCCUGCUCCCGCCAGUCUUUGCCUUCAUUUCCUGAAUAACAGUGUUAAUUGAACCGAAGUUGAGGGACACGUGACAAAGCUGAGCUUUGGGAAUGGGUAAUGAAAGCUGUUGUGGGGUGAAGAGAAGAAAGUGGGCAAGGACUAAGACUCUUGUAUCUUCAUUCAUUCAUUCAUUCUCCUUAUCUCCCACCCAGAACAAACCAAACCAUUGUUCGUGGUAAAUAACACAUAACCUCUGAGAAUAUGGGGGGAGCACAGCUGGUUUCUGCUCAUCCUUUCCUUGUUGGUUGGCUGUUUUUUCUUUCCUGAGCACAUUGGUCUGGAAUAGUCUUUGGGUUGUUCUCUGCUGCUGUGAGUGAAGCUCUGAAGCAAGUCAUGAAGGCCAAGGAAGCUUUCUUUUCUGUAGCACCAGUUAAGACUAAUACAUACUUCUGACUUAAAUAUCCAAUACAUUGAAUA